CCGAUAAACCAAUCUUAAUGGGUCAAAUGAUAAAGACAAAAUGAAUAUAUCAAUACAGUUGUCGAUAAAGGUCAUACACAUAUUGCAAAAAUGAUGUAUUUUAUCUUAUCACUGGCUUACAGUCGCGGAUAUUUAACUUCCUUCUUUAUUUGGUGAAAUGAAUUCAGUUAUAGAUAGUGUUGGGAUUUAAAAUGGCUAAUGAUCUUUUAAUAAUUUCUGUAAUGUUAUUUCUCUUACGUGUAUUUCAACGGACUGAAGCUGGUGUACCGUAUUACAUGUCACAGACAAAAUCUACAUGGGAAGCUGCUUCAAAAGAGUGCACCCUUGCGACACCCUUAUUAGAUUUAAACAACCGUUCACUAGACAUUCCAAACCAAGAUAUAUCAGAGGAUGUGUGGAUUGGAUAUUAUCUAGCGUUAAUGAAAUUUGAAAUUUUGGGUUGUCUGCAAGAAAAAAGUAACGAAAGGUUGUCAUUUUACAGCACAAGCAGCCCAGGAAGAUGUUUUUCUUUUUGUGAUUAUGCUCCAUAUUUUGGAUUUGGCAAUACAACUUGUUUAUGCUUUGGAUCAAAGCCAAUAAACAUUUCUCCAGAUCUUGUUUGUGACAUGCAUUGCAAAGGACAAAAUUGCAAGCUAUGUAACAGGGAAGGUUAUAUAACACUGUACCAAAUUUAUACAAGUGGUGAUGAUAAUGUUCAAUAUGUCAACAUUAAUAUGUUAAGCCGUUUAUGUUCAUCUGGGUCGACCAAACUCUUAACACCAGGUGGUAAACAUUAUGUUAAGAAGGAAAACGCAAUAUUAAAAUAUGGCGCAACUAUAGCAACGCUGAAACCACCACAGAUAAAGAGCUAUGGACAUGUUUCGACAACAUCAAAUGGUAAAAUAGAAUGGAUUGUUCAUUCGUCUGGGCACGAACUGAGAGCAUUGUGCGUUAGAGUGCCGGAAGAAACGAAAUCAAACGAAGAUUCAAAUCUUUACAUUGUUAUCUCAGUUGUUGUGUCAGUGUGUGUAACAGCUCUAAUUGUCGCCUUAGUGAUAAUCCUAAAAAGAAGGAAUAGCAUACCAAAGUUUUGCAGGAAUGAUGAGUCUAUUAAGCCCAUCAAAGAGCAGGAAAGUACAAAUAAAGGAGGGACAUCACAUCGUGGAAUAGAUAGUAUCGGUCAUAUGAAUCCUGCCUUUAACAAAUCGGAAUAUAUGAAUACAUUGAAUGUAGACACUGCAGACGACAAUUAUGAUUCUUCACAUUAUUCUUCAAUAGUAGAAGAGCCACGGGGUAAAGUUAAUCAACCGAUUGAAAGCCAAAGUGUGAAGAUACCAGAUGUACAACAUUUACAUGCCAAAAUGGAAUCUAAUCUAACAGAUCAAAAUGCUAAAGGGAGUGAUAAAGACGGUAGUCCUUCUCCGCAUUACUUUAUACUUGAGAAGAUUGAAAAGGAAGCUGGUGAUCCAGUCUCGACAAAAGACUUAACAAGAAUUGAACAACAGUCAAUGGUAAAGGAUAAUGAACGCAACGUUUAUAACACAUUAAAUGAAGCGAAAAUAGAAAUGUCUGAUAAUGUUUAUGAUAUAACAGAGAGGACAGCAAACAAAAGCGACGCAACGUACGAUACUACGGGAACUGCAUCAAGUCAAAGAAAUGAACCGGCUAAUUAUAAUAGCGUAGUUAUUGGCGACGAUGAAUAUAGUCAUACUGGUAGAGAUCAAAUAAAAUAUUCUAAAACGGACAAUGUCUAUGGGAUGCAAGAUCAGCAAGGAAUACCUAUGCAACAGUUUGACAAAGAAGAUCUAGAAAAUUCGGAGACAUACAAUCAUUUGAACAUGACGAAAUUUAAUAAAAACAAAACAGACAAUUUGUAUGGUUUUAGCAAAGAUUGAAAAAUCGAAAACAUGAAUUUAAUCAGCCACUUUCCCGUGGUUAUGUAUUUUGACACUGUUAAUGGUUAUGCAUUUAAUUUGAAUUCUAAUUCAAUACAUUAAAUGUAUUUAUCAAACAGAUUUAUGCUGUAAAGAAUGAAACUGCGUUUUGGAA